AUGACACACCGCACCUUGGCACCUUUGGUAGGGAUGUCUGGCCUGUACUCCUACAUCUCCACUUGCCAUUUGCGUCAUCGGCUGCCUCAGAUACCUGUUAUUGCCCUUGUGGGGAAUGAUGCCUGCUGGACUCAAAUUUCCAGGGAGCAAGUGCCCUUGUUGGGUAGCAAUGUAGCCUGCGCUCUGGAUUACUUAGAUUAUCAUGUGGUGGCGGACGGUUUAGGAGGGAAAGGUUUGCUGCUCACACGCAAGAAUGAGGACCAAAUGGAUGACAUCAUCCGGAUAGCACAAUCCAAAUGCAGGAGUGGACAGCCCAUCCUUCUCAAUGCAUUGAUUGGGAAAACAACCUUCCGUGAAGGCUCCAUUGCUAUGUAGACUGUGGCUGUGGCUGCAGUACCUGAGAGUUACAUGUAACAGGCUCUGGCUGUGUUGAAUUGUCAUUAAGCUAGGGGUUGGGUCACCCUGAGAGCCAGAAUUGCUAGCCAUUGUUAAUUCUUGCUAAGCUUUUUUAUAUAUAUAUAAGAAAUUUUAUUGGAUUUUUCAUUUUUACAUCAAAGUGCUUGAGAAACAACAUGGUGAUGGGGAUAUCAAUUGUUCAAAGACAAAGUCAUACAUAUAUAGCUCAGUUUAGUUCAUUAGAAGUUCCCUCUCUGUUUCCCACAUAUAAUAU